AUGGCUGCCUUACCUGUAGAUCUCAUUAGAAGAUUCUCCGAUCAGCAUCCAAAGCCCUCCAGUAUUCACUUCCAAUAUGGCACAGCGGGUUUCAGGACGUUAGGUAGCACACUUGAUUCUGUCAUGUUCAGAGUCGGUAUCCUCGCCAGCUUGCGAAGCAAGAAGCUAGACGGCAGGACGAUCGGUGUUAUGGUCACCGCCUCACACAACCCCGAACUGGAUAAUGGUGUCAAACUUGUCGAUCCCCGCGGCGAAAUGCUGGAAUCCGCUUGGGAGGUUCACGCUACAGCUCUGGCAAAUGCGUCCACGACGGAUGCCUUCAUUGCAACGCUCGAAACACUCACAAAAACGCUGAAGAUAGACUUGUUAAAACCUGCAAGGGUCGUAUACGCUAGAGACACACGCCCAUCUGGCAUCACCCUGGUCUCUGCCCUCGAGGAUGGAUUCAAAGCUAUUGGUGCCGAAACGCGCAAUGCCGAAGUGACGACGACCCCGGUCCUUCAUUAUCUAGUCAAAGCCAUCAACACGAAGCAUACCAAGGACGCGUACGGUGAUGACACAGAGGAAGGCUACCUUGAGAAGCUAAGCAUUGCCUUCAAAAAGCUUGUUGCAGGCAAACCGGCACCCCCACCGUUAAUUGUAGACUGUGCCAAUGGCGUGGGUGCCCACGUAGCCAGCAAGUUAUCAUCGCGUCUGGGAAAUACUUUACCUCUUACCUUGCAUAAUACGGCAACAAGCGCGCUCGGUGCGCUCAAUAACGCUUGCGGUGCAGAUUUUGUGAAGACAUCGCAGAAGUUGCCGCCAUCGCUAGCGUCUCAUCUUAAAGCUGGUCAGCGUGGGUGCAGUCUUGACGGUGACGCCGACCGCCUCAUGUACUUCUACUUGGACGACCGAGGCCAAUUCCACAUGCUAGAUGGCGACAAGAUAGCCGCUCUUGUGGCUGCUUUCAUAGUAGAACUCGUGAAAUCUGCUGGUCUUGAGGAUGAAAUUAAGGUUGGCAUUGUGCAGACCGCGUACGCCAAUGGCGGUUCUACCAAAUAUUUGUCGGAGCGUCUUCCAGUCAAGUGUGUACCGACUGGAGUGAAGCAUCUUCAUCAUGCUGCAGAGAAAUACGACGUGGGUGUCUAUUUCGAAGCCAACGGGCACGGAACCGUUCUAUUUUCACCGGAAAGUCAAGAGAAACUUUACAACCAUCAACCAUCAACUCCUGCGCAGUCAACUGCUCUCGGUCAUAUCGUAAAUCUGACGCGGCUCAUCAACCAAACCGUUGGUGACGCUCUGUCCGACAUGCUCCUGGUCGAGGUGGUCCUCAUUCACAAAUCCUACAGUGGUAUAGAGUGGGACUCCUUGUACGUCGAUCUCCCCAACAGACUGGUCAAGGUUGUGGUGGCAAAUCGGACCAUCUUCAAAACGGAGGAUGCCGAACGUCGUUUAGUCAGUCCCCCGGGUAUCCAGGGAAAGAUAGAUGAGCUGGUCCGCAGGUACGAAGCUGGUCGGGCGUUCGUCAGACCGAGUGGAACGGAAGACGUUGUGAGAGUGUACGCCGAGGCUAUGAUUAGGGCGCAAGCUGAUGAACUUGCGUUCCGUAUUGCGGGCCUCGUCUACGAUGAGACUGGUGGAGAUCCGACUCGCCGUCCGGUUGAAUUUCUGUAG